CUCUCUCUCUGGCCCAGAUAUCUUAUUUAUCGCGCGCAAUAAGUUGGCACACGUAGACACAUGUGUAUACAUAGUUUAAAGUACGCCGAUAAACGUAUGAGAAUUGCACACUUGUAACGUCGCGUUUAGAGUUGACGAGUUGUAAUCGAUCGCAAUAGAAUUAUGGAUCACGGAUCUAGAAAACAGCUAUAAAAGGAAAGAAAAUAAUCGAAAGAUGAAUACAGUGUGUGGAGAGCGUAAAGCAACUCUAAGAAAAAUAUGAAUACGAAAAGGAAUAUGCGUAGAGGAAUAUUGAAAAAAAUGUUUUAUCGUUUUCUCAAGUAUCUAGACAGCGAUCUUGAGUAAACAUCUGCCUAACGAAAUGUAACAAUUUACAUAAGACGCAUCAUUCGGAGAGACGUUCACGAUUACAGUCAAAAUUCUUCUUCUUCUUCUUCUUCUUAUAUAAGAACCUGUUCGACGCUCGACCAGAAGAGACUGUGAACGGAGGUUCGAGGGAGGCCGACGUUCAUAAUGCCACGAUCCAGUCAGUGUUGAUUUAGCCUGGAACCAGGCAACACGUGCAUCUCCUUUAUUCGGUUCGUCGAUUCGUCGAUUCGUUAAUUCGAUUUUUUAUUUUACACCGGAUCGGUUCACACAGAGUAUCGAUAAAAAUGGCCAUCCGGAGCAUCACCUUGAAAAUAAAUAGAAAUUCAAUGGCAUCGCUGAUACAAGUGCCACGAAAUGCAUACUUUAAAAGGUAUUUGAGUACAAGCACACCACGGAACGAUCAGUGUCCAGGACCUCUCUCUCAGUUCACGGACGAAGAACUUUUGAUGAAAGAAACUGUUAGCAAAUUUGCGAAAGAAGAAAUCGCUCCGCUCGUACGUAAAAUGGACAAGGAAGGCAAGAUAGACGAGGGAUUGUUACGAAAACUGUUCGAAAAUGGUCUAAUGGGCAUUGAGAUUCCCGAAAAAUAUGGUGGUUCUGGAUCCAAUUUCAUGUCCACGAUCUUAACGAUAGAAGAACUGGCAAAGAUCGAUGGAUCUGUUGCAGCGCUAGUCGAUAUCCAUAAUACAUUGGUGAAUUCGUUGAUUUCAAAAGUCGCUUCGGAAGAACAAAAAGCAAAGUAUUUGCCAGGAUUAGCUCAGGAUUACGCGGGUAGCUUUUGUCUAACGGAGCCUGGAUCGGGAUCCGAUGCGUUUUCCUUGAAGACUGAAGCAAAACACGUUGGCUCCCAUUACCUGAUAAACGGUACAAAAAUGUGGAUUUCAAAUUCGGACAUUGCCAAAUUAUUUAUAGUUUUUGCUAACGCCAACCCGUCUAUCGGAUACCGUGGUAUCACAGCGUUCUUCGUGGAACGGGAUACACCUGGGCUGACAGUUGCCAAACCGGAGGAUAAACUCGGAAUAAAAGCGUCGGGUACCUGCAUGGUCCAUUUUGAUAAUGUUCAAGUUCCGGAAACUAACAUCGUAGGAGAGUUUGGGCAUGGUUACAAAUACGCUGCUGGGUUCUUAAACGAAGGUCGUAUCGGUAUCGGAGCUCAAAUGAUUGGUAUAGCGCAAGGCUGCGUGGAUGCUACUAUACCGUACACCUUGGAAAGAAAGCAGUUUGGAAAAGAUAUUUUCUCGUUUCAAUCUAUGCAACACCAAAUUGCUCAAGUGGUCACCGAGCUCGAGUGUGCCAGAUUAUUGGUAUACAAUGCUGCCAGAUUAGUCGAUGCGAAAAAGGACGUUAUUAAAGAAGCCGCCAUGGCGAAGCUCGUUGCUUCCGAAACGGCUCUGCACGUCACCGCAAAGUGCAUCGAUUUCAUGGGUGGCGUAGGGUUCACGACCGACUUUCCUCAAGAAAAAUACUUCAGAGAUUCCAAGAUUGGUACUAUUUACGAAGGGACCAGUAACAUGCAGCUAUCGACCAUAGCCAAGUGUAUUCGUAAAGAAUAUUCGUAAACUUUUCAUUAUUACUCGUGCAUUUUUAUUUUUCUACUUCGUUUUAUACAUUACAGUUU